AUGCCAUCAUUGCUAUCAUUAUACGAGAGAUACGCACCUUCAUCAUUGCUAUCAUUAUACGAGAGAUACGCACCUUCAUCAUUGCUAUCAUUAUACGAGAGAUACGCACCUUCAUCAUUGCUAUCAUUAUAUUACCUUCAUCAUUGCUAUCAUUAUACGAGAUACGCACCUUCAUCAUUGCUAUCAUUAUAUGAGAGAUACGCACAUCAUUGCUAUCAUUAUAUCAUUGCUAUCAUUAUACGAGAGAUACGCACCUUCAUCAUUGCUAUCAUUAUACGAGAGAUACGCACCUUCAUCAUUGCUAUCAUUAUACGAGAGAUACGCACCUUCAUCAUUGCUAUCAUUAUACGAGAGAUACGCACCUUCAUCAUUGCUAUCAUUAUACGAGAUAAUGCACCUUCAUCAUUGCUAUGCUAUCAUUAUAUCAUUAUACGAGAGAUACGCACCUUCAUCAUUGCUAUCAUUAUACGAGAGAUACGCACCUUCAUCAUUGCUAUUAUUAUAUGA